CAAGCCCUCCUUCACUUCACAAAAAGCCACAGUUGAGUAAAUCACGAGGAUCUGGGGUUGUUCCUUCUCCCAGGGAGCUCUCAUGGACCAGCAGCAGCAGCAGCUCCACACCGAGCCUUUGGCACUGCUGGGAUGAGCAUGGGCUUCUCUGCAGGGCUUCUCACCCAUGGAUGGAAAUAAUUGGGGGUCUGCCUUCAUGCCAGUUAACACUUCUUGGGGCUUGACUUGCUUUCUGCUGGGAGGUCAUUUCCCCUCUGAAGGAUCCUUUGGAACUCCUUGUCAGAUCAGUUCUGGGGUGGAGCUUGCAGCAACUUUUCUGACGCUCUGUCUGUGCAAGACCGACAAUAAAUAACUCUCUUGAGCGCUGUAGAGAGAUGGAAACUGCAACUGAGAAAUGAUUUUGGGCAGAGGAAGGCAGAAAAGCACAAGCAAACUGUUAUGGAAGUGCAAAUAUCCUCCUAAAGGAUUCGGCAGAUGUACCAGCUAUGGAGUCUGGCUGCAGUCCCAGCCAGGGAAAUUUCUCUUCAGAGGAAACCUGUUAACCAUUUGGAGGGAGUGCAUGGGAAUGAGCAGGAGGUGUUAAAGCAGAGCUCUGCUGCAGGUUUAGUGCCCCAACAGGGAAGAUCUUUGCUGAUCUGCAGGACCAUCUGUCCUGGCAAUGGAUAAAUUCACAAAUGGGCAGCCAGGCCCAGCUCAGAGGAACAGGUUCAUGGGAUUGCUAGAAACAGAUGACAGCAUCCAGGAAGAUAAACCUGCCCUGAGUAAAAGGGAAGAAAGGCCAGGACAGGGAAGGAAAGGAGAGCCACAACCCUUGGAGACACCUUAUCAGAAGGAGAGCAGUGACUUUGCCCCUAAAGUGAAGAUUAAUCUGAACUAUCGUCCAGGACUCGUCAGCAACCAGAAGGACCCGAAUCGCUUUGACAGGGAGCGGCUGUUCAGCGCCGUGGUCAGGGGCAGCCCCGAGGCACUGGAUGGUUUGCUGGAGUACUUAAGGAGGAACUCCAAAUUCCUCACCAAUUCCGAGUACACAGAUGCAAAGACUGGGAAGACCUGCUUAAUGAAAGCCCUGCUGAACUUAAAAAAAGGGAAGAAUGACACAAUCCCAGUCUUGCUGGAGAUAGACCAGAAGACACAGAACCCCAGGCCACUUGUCAACGUGUCCUGCUCUGAUUGUUUCUACAGAGGCCAGACUGCCCUGCACAUUGCCAUCGAGAAAAGGAGCCUGGAUUUGGUGAAACUGCUGGUGGAGAACGGAGCUGAUGUCCAUGCCAGAGCCCACGGUGAAUUCUUCAGGAAGAAGAAGGAAGGAGUUUACUUUUAUUUUGGUGAGCUUCCCCUCUCCUUGGCUGCUUGUACCAACCAGCUGGAUGUGGUGGAUUAUCUUUUAAACAACCCCCACCAGAAAGCCAGGCUGCAGGAGCAGGACACCCAGGGCAACACCGUCCUCCACGCCCUGGUGAUGAUUGCAGACGACACCGAGGAGAACACCAAGUUUGUGAGCACAACCUACGUGGAGAUCCUGAAGGCGGGCGUGAAGCUCGACCCCACGUGCAAACUGGAGGAGAUUGUGAAUUAUGAUGGGUUAAAUCCCCUGCAGCUCGCUGCCAAGACAGGCAAAGUGGAGAUCUUCAGGCACAUCAUCCAGAGGGAGAUCAAGGAGCCCCUGUACCGCCACCUGUCCCGCAAGUUCACCGAGUGGACCUACGGCCCCAUCCACGUGUCCCUCUAUGACCUGUCCUCCCUGGACAGCUUCGAGGAGAACUCUGUGCUGGAGAUCCUGGCCUACAGCAGUGACACCCCGAAUCGGUACAAGAUGGUGGUGUUGGAGCCACUGAACAAACUGCUCCAGGAAAAAUGGGAAACAUUUGCUUCCAAGAGAUUCUACUUCAGCUUUGCCUCCUACUUGUCAUUCAUGAUCAUCUUUACAGCCAUUGCAUACUAUCAGCCCCUAAGGGUAAAGCCUUCCUUUCCAGUGGAGUUCACAGCUGGAGGCUUCCUGUGGGUCUCUGGCCUGAUCAUUAUCUUGUUGGGAGGCAUUUACCUGAUCUUUGCUCAGAGCCUGUACCUGCGGAGGAGACGCCAGUCCCUGAAGACCAUGUGCUCUGACAGCUGCAUCGAGAUCCUGAUCUUCAUCCAGGCAUUCUCCUUGCUGCUCUCAGCAGUCCUGUAUGGGGCCAGCUCGGAGAACUACGUGGCAGUGAUGGUGUUCUCCCUGCUCCUGGGGUGGGUGAACACCCUGUACUACACCCGCGGCUUCCAGCGCACUGGCAUCUACAGCGUCAUGAUCCAGAAGACCAUCAUGAGAGACCUGCUGCGUUUCCUCUUGGUUUAUAUGAUCUUCCUGUUUGGCUUUGCUGCAGCUCUGGUGACUCUGUUGGGUGAUGCCCCCUCAGUGUCCCAGAACAAGUCCCUGGCUCAGCUGGAGAGCGCGGGGAGCCACGCCAUGUACGGGGGGCUGCUCAGCGUCUCCCUGGAGCUCUUCAAGAUCACCAUCGGCAUGGGAGACCUGGAUUUCCAGGAGCACACGAGGUUCAGAUACUUUGUCAUGCUGCUGCUGCUGCUGUUUGUGAUCCUCACCUACAUCCUGCUGCUCAACAUGCUGAUUGCCCUCAUGAGCGAGACUGUCACGGAUAUUUCUGGCUACAGUAAGAGUGUCUGGAAGCUGCAGAGGGCAAUUGCUAUUCUAGAAAUAGAGAAGGCCUGGCUGUGGCGCCAGGGUGGGAAGAGGAGAUCUGGCUGCUUCAUGUCAGUGGGGCUCAAUAAGAAAGAUGAGAGGUGGUGUUUCAGAGUAGAGGAAAUUAAAUGGACAGAUUGGGCAAAGGAUGUGGGAGUUCUGAAGGAAGAACCUGGAAGCACCAGUGAUUCAGAAAUAAAUCCAGAAGAGACCAGGUCCUGGAAACGGCCAGCACAGAAACCACCCCGAGCAGCUGCCCCAGAGGAGCAGUCCCUGCUGCAGCCACAGCCACCAGCCACAGAGAUGGUGCCUCUGCAGGGACAAAGCAGAGAGUUUUGACAGCUUUUCUGAGCUGCAGCCUUGCCUCCAUCUUCAGAGGAGUUCUUCCUCCAGCAGCUGGAAGAACUGAAGGCAUUGUCAGUAGCAAAGUGCAUUUUGUGGAGGACUGUGGUUCAGCCUGUGGCUUUCAGUAUUGUCAUGCACUUUAAUGAUUAAUUUCCUCUGAAGAAACAAUUUUUACUCGACUUUCUCUGCCUGACACUUUCUUAUUACUAUGCCUAAAGAUCAAGAGGUGGGAGCAAGCUCCCGGGGCAGUGGGGAAGGCAGAGCUCUCUGAGCUGUGCAAGGAUAAUGCUCACGGAUAAUGCCCAUGGAAUGAGCUGGCUGAGGAUGGCUCAGGCUAUUCUUUUGUCACAAGGGAUUGCACUGAAGUGCUUUGGAAUAAAUAGUGUUGUAGAGUCAUAGAAGCUGCUGAGGGUGGAGUUGUCUCCUGUGCUGGUGUGAGAUGUGAGUGGACAAACGCUGACCCUGCAGGCAGCCAGAGCGUGCAGUCUGUGGCAGCACCUGCUGUGCUCCGUGGUUAAUCCACGUCAGGAUCCCCAUUUCACACUUUUAGAACGAAAUUCUUUGUACAUUUGCUUAAAAGCACAGGAAGUGAUGUGGAUUUCCUGGACCUGAAACUUUGUGUGGUGGAUUUCUGGGACUUCUGUUUUUCACGGGUUGCUUUGCCUCUGUAAUAAACAGCAGCAGAAUCCUGCUCAUGGCCCCUGAGAGACUGAUGGACAAACAUUUUUUGUGUGGUUUUUGCUUCCUGUUACUCUUGAUGGGCAUCCUGUCUUGCUGCAAAUGUCUGCAAGGACCUCUUAAUUUUUGUGACUUGCACCCAGCCUCAGGCAGGAGGGGCAGCCCACUGUAAACUCUGUAGGAAAAGAGAUAAAAAUGAGCUGUCUCACUUUUCACUCUAUUUAACAGUAAAAUUUCAACGUGUAAAAUUUCUGUAAACAAUACAGCAAGUGUACUUAAUUCAAUACUGAAUUGAAAACGUUCAUUUUUGGAUAUUUUUUAGAGCUUCUGCCUUUCCCAGAAAGGGAGAGAAGGUGUUAUCAGUGUGGAUCUUAUCGGUGUAAGCUCUUAUCAGAUUCCUGGUUACUGCUGUGGGAGUUAACUCCUGUUGUCCAUGGUCUCGUGUCAGUUUGUGCAGCCACAUCUGAGCACAGAGCAGCUGAUGCUGCACUGGAUGCACCUUCCAGUCCAGGGAAAGGUUGGUGAGAAUCCCAGGAAAGCUGCAGUGAGAUAAACUAUGCAACCUGAGAUCUCUGUCUCAAUUCCACUCUGAGUGAGGCUGGGAGGUUUUCCUUUUGGAGACCAUCAUCUAAAUCCUCACUGCAUGCAUGUGACAGGCAGCAAAACCUUGUUUGAAAAUUUAUUCCCUGCACUUCAAUGGGUUCUCUCCCCUCCAUGUUGGGCAAUUCCUCCUCCAGUGCUGGGACUCUGAGUGGGAACUGACUUUUCUUGCUCCAGCUUCUGUUGUUUUCUUGCUUUGUGAAGCCUUCAGCUGCUUUUUCCAUCUAUGGCCUUGUCCUAAGUGUUCCCAAGAUUUGGCAAGGUGCUCAUAUUGCACGGAAGGCUCAUCUGGCAUAUGAUAAAUCUAUCGCUGUGCUUGGUGCUUUGCUGUGGCAGGGACACUUGGAGGUUCAAAAGAAAUGCAGGAUCAGAUCUGCCAUCCCUGUCUGGAAUCCUAAUAAAUGAUCUUGCUGGUAGUUUGGGGAAGCUGUGGGCUCUGGCAGCUUUCAGCAUCACCUUCCUCUUCAGCCAUUCCUUGAACCUGCUUCUCUUUUUAAGCUUGGCAGUGAAAUCUUUUGAUUUGCAUCAGGAAAGUUCUGCUGUGAAGCAGGACUUUGGCAUCCCCAGAGCUUCCCAGGCACACCCCAGCCCAGCAGCCUCAUGGAUGGAGGAUGAUGGGUAGCAGGCCCCCAGGAUUUUGGGGUCCACUCUUAACAGAUGAGAAUGUUUUGUCAGGAAACCCUUCAGUCAUUUUCACAAGAACUCCUCAACAGGUGAGCUGUCCUCUCCCUUCUGCCUCUGACAGGUAAACCCUGCUGCAUGAGAACCCCUUCCUGUGCAGAGGGGAAGGCUUUGCAGGGCUCUGACUAAACAAAAAAACCUCUCACAAGUGGAGGAGCAGCUGCAGUUUCCUUCCUCUGUCUAAAGCACAGAGACUCUGGAGGCCCAGCCCUGCCAUGAUCAGACACCAGCAGCUCCCAGCGCUUCCCAGAAGUUCCAGGGCUGCUCAAACCCUCUGGAUAUGUUUUGGUCAGAAUUCCUUGGCCCCUGGCAGGGUGGGAAAUGAACCUUGGGCAUCCAAACCCCUCCUUUACCCCAGCACACUUUGCCUGGUCAUUGCUCUUGUGCCCUCUGUACAAGGCUCUGAGCUCUCCCCACCUCACAGAGCUCUCUCACAGCUUAUCUCUGCAAUUUUCCUAAAAGAAACUCCGUGUCUGCUCUGUGUGGCUCCCAAUUCCCUGUUUUCCUCAUGGGCAGAGAUGGAAUCAAACCAUCCUUGUUCCUCAGAUGCUUUGCACAUUUGGGUUUUUUUCCCAUCUGUUUUUCCAAAGGCUGCUCUGGAGCUGGAGCCAGCACGGGGAGCUUUAUCCAUGAGCUGAUUCCCUCUCACUCCAUCCCCCUGUGACCCCACUUGCAACUGAACAUAUUUUCCAUUGCCUCUGGAGCUCACAGAGGGAGCCUUUGAAAUGUGACAGCCCCAGGGCCCCGACAAAGACCAGAUGCUUUCCUUAAGUCCCAGGAGUGGCCCAGGGCUUGGGUGGAAGGGUUGCAGCUGGUGGAGUUUGCAGCUGAACUCUUCCUGGGGCUGCCUCUCACUUUUGGGCUUUGCUGUGCUCAAGAAAUUUUCCUUUAUUGCUCUGUGACCAAAACAACAUUUUAUUUUGUUUGUUUUUUUGGGGGAAAAAAAUUGAAAAUAAAACUUCUACGUUGCAGCCUCACAUCUGCUUCUGCAGCACAAAAAAACCCCAAACCUGGGGCCAGACAGGACCAGGCAAAGGCUCAGAAAGACACAGCUGUGGCUGCCUCGUGGGAGGAACAGAACUCGGUGCAAGAGGGGUUUUUCUUGCUUCCUCUUUGGCCAUAAUCUUUUCUUUCAGCUCAGAUUUGUGUCAUGUGGAGUGUUACAGCAUUUCUGGGCUGUGAGGAUUGUUGUCAAAUGUUAAACACACAGAGGAGAGUUGGAAGUAGCUAGAAAGUGCCUAUGGGGGUUGUUGUCUCUUUUCUGAGAAUCCUUGGAGAAGAUUUUCUGGGCAAAGAGAGCCAUGUCUCUAUUUCACUGGUUAGAAGAGCUAGCAGCAGCUGACAGGGGUGGUUUUGUUGGUGUUCACAUCUCCAACACUGAAGUCAGUGACUACAUCAUUGCAGAAAAAAAUAAUUCUGCUAUUUUGGAACCCUCUGGAUUAAAACCUUCAUCCAUUAGGACAAGAAUGAACCUGAAGAGUGCCAGAGCCAUUUCCUUUUGUUCAUCCCAAGCUUACAGUGCUUUACCUCUGCAGCAACUACAUUGGAAGGAAUCAUGAAAUUUGGAAAAAGAGUGGGAAAAGUUCAGCUAACUGGGCUGUGCUGUAUUUCUGUUCUGCUCUCAUGGGUCACAGGGUGGGAGGUCGCCAGCUGUGCUAUUCCUUUUUCUGCUGUCAGAUUGUUGAAUAAUGAUUUUGCUGCUGCUAAACUGGUUACAGGAUCUGUCCCUGAGGAUAGCUGGAAUAAAAUAAAUAAUAAGAAUCGAUCCACAUAUAAGUAGAUAUGUGAAAUUCUGUUCUAAAAAUUGCCUUUACUGCUGCAAAGGACACUAAUUCUGCAAAGCUAUAUAUAGAGAAUUCCAGCAAAAGGGCUGCUUGUCUCUUUCUGGAGCACAGGUUGGGUUUUAUUUGGGAUCAGAGCUCUGCCCAUGGAUGUGAAGCCUCAUGGGCUGACAGAUGCUCUCCUUGCUGGAGCUGUGUUUGAUGCUGUUUGAGGGAAGGAGGAAGGGUUUACGUCCAUUGCCUGGAGACAGAGGUGAAAACACUGGCAGCGUAAACACUCUGUGCUGGGGAUUUUCCAACCAUGCCUAAGUAGUGACAAAUAAAAUAUUCCUGCUUCGUGCUCCCUGCUGGAUGUGCUCUCCCUGUAUGGUAGAGGACUGCAGGCUGCAGCCAGAGCUCCUGGCUUAGUCAUUAGAAAAUUGGAGAGAAAUAAAGAAAUAAAUAAAUUCUGUCCCUAAGUUGUGCUUUUAUCCCAGUGUGGUAAAAUCCUGAUUUUUUACCUGUGUGCAGGAAUUUGUUGGUGCAGCCCUUGCCCUGCCAGGCACUUCCGUGCAACUCAAACUUGCUUGGGUUGACCAUGAAAAACAAGAAAAAGAAGAGUUAACUCCACACCCUUUGCUGCUGGGGCCAUGCAGAAAACAAGAGAUCCUACAGGAUCCGUGCCAAUAUCCAGGAUAAAAGUGAAUUGUGUCGUUUUGGACAGCCCAGAAGGAAAGCCUUUGGUGCUCUGCUGGAAUCUGCUCAGGGUGGUUGGGAGCAGGAAGCAGCGGCCAGGGCACAUCAGGAUUCACACAACAGGCACCCUCUCGUGGCUUUUUCCUGUCACAGGAUGAGGACAGGGAUGGAUCCUGCUCUGGAGCAGCCUGGGAACCCCCUCAGUUGCUUUAAGGCUGGUUCAUUCACCUUGAAAAGCCACUCCAAUGUGCAGGUGACCUCUCCUUGGGACAAUCUUUGAUUUCCCUGUUGGUCUCCAGGACACUGCAGGAUCUCUGGAGGACAUGAUUUUGCUCUCUGCCCCAAAAUUUGUUUCUGUUCCUUAUCUGCUCUUCACUGACUAACUCAAGACCAGCUGUUCCCUGUCUCGCCAGAAUGAGAUUCAUCCCUGAGAGAAUCCUAAUUUUCCAAAAUAACAGCACUGUUGCAGCAAAAUUGUGUUUUGAUACAAUCUGAGCUUCACCAGUGUCUCAGCAAGGUAAAAACUGGGAAUUCUGGACAAGUUGCUGCUUUAGUAGCAAUUAGGAGUCUUUACCACAAUUAAAUAUUUAAUUAGGUGUUCAUAAAGCAGAGGACACAGAAGUGGGGACAACAUUCAGCACUGAGCAGUAAUGAACAUUAAUGACUGUGGCUGCAGUGCCCUCAGGGAUUCUGAUGUUGUUGUACAUUUAUUUCCUAAGAAUAAUUCAUGAGAUUCUGGAGUGUUGGUCAGCAUUGCUGAGUACCUCUGCACACAACAUCUCAUUGUUAAUUAUCAUUGAACUUCUCCAGGAACAUCAGCCACAGACAGGAGAUAUUUAUUGUGCCCUCACAAGGGCUGCAGCAACAAGACCAUCUGCACUGCUCGUUUGCCUUUGACAAUAAGAUUCAGUGAGUCUGAGGAGUGGCACUCUCCAGAUUUUGCAUUUAGAGCUCAUACAAAACAUCAUCUUUGUGCAAAAGGCAUUUUCUCCAAACCCUCAGUGGUGUUUUUUGACUUUCCCUGCAAUUCAUCCUUCAGUAACAUCCCAUUCAUGCAGUGCUUCAUCUCUGGGGCUGUCCCAAGAAACUCCAGAGCACAGACCAAGAUUUAAACAACAAUAAUCAUCCUAAAAAUGCCAAUUCUGGCAUUUCAUUAGGAACAGAUGAACAGCAGAGCACUGCACAAGGAGCUGCUCAGUCUACAUUUAACAGAAGGCAACACUUCAUUGUGAAAAUCCACCCUGCAGAUUGGCUGAGGAGCUGCUCAAGUCCAACAGUGCUGCAAGUCAACCUUGAAUGAUAAAAUGUUAUAUAAAGUAUGGAAGGGUCUGCCUUUGAGAUUGAAAAGGAAGCAUUUUCCUACACACCCUGAAGACUACUGAAUAAUUAAUUGGGCUGUUGCAUUGUCCUGUGUGUGAAAGGAUUUGGAGAGUAAUUCCCAAAACUUCCAAGAACCAGGAUGCUCCAGGCCUCUCAUGAAAUAAAACCCCUUUUUCUGUCUGUUCCUAGGAAGGAAUCAGUGGGGGCCACACUGAAGUGACCAUAAAUAUGACAGUGGAGAUGACUGUGUGACAACUCUUCUCCUGAACACCCCCAAAAAUCUGCAUUUGAGGAAGGUGCCAGUGGAGGUGAGGUUGAGAGGAAACUCAGCUCUCAGUUGAGAGGAAACCCAGCACAGCCACCAAGUGAUUUACUACUUAAACAAACUUUGCAAUGAGCUCCAGGGAAGGGAAGGAGCAUUCCACUUGUUAGGAGGAGAACCUAAAUACUGGAUUUAUCUUCUUUAAGACUCCCAAACUUUUAUUGGGCUAUUUGUACCUAAUUUGUUUUAUGGGAGCAGUCCCAGGCUGAGUUAAAUUUCCAGUCUGUUUUUAUUCAGCUCUAAGGAGAAUUCCUUCUCCCUUGGCAGCCUCAUCCCUGCUGGGCACUGUGGCCAACCAGCAGCACCAUUAACUGCUGCAGUCUGGAACUGCAGAAUUGGGCAGAAAUUACUAUUUUCCCUUUUUCCUUGCCUCUGAAUGAUACUCUGAGCAGCUGCUCUUCAUUCUUUCUACACUGAGGCCAGAGCUGCUCUUCCUUCUCAUUCAGCUUCUCAAGGCAAGAGAUCAUUUGCAUAUGCCUGCACAUAAUGUCUCAUAUUCCCAGAAUGAGCAAAAAAUACAUAUUUUAACAGCACCCUGGUGAGUUACAGAGUAUUCACAGGGUAAUCCAUAAUUUAUCUGUCUUCUCCAUCAAAAUAGGCAAAAUUUUUAGAGAUUUGGCACUUGGAUGAAAGUGAGGGCUUCCAAGAGAGGGUUGCUGGCUUCACCAUAAAAUCUACUUUGACCUAUUCCUACUUGGAAUCCAUCUGAUUUACCAAUAAUUACACAAAACUAGGCUUGCUCUUGUCACUCUCCUAAAGCCUUUGGAUCCAUGUGAAAAGUCUUUCCCUCCCUUAGAAUAAUUUUAGCUUUGUUCAAAUUUCCUUAUUUCAGUGAAAGAUGGAGCACCCUUUAAGGCUCUAAUUUUGAUGUAUUAAAAGUCAUAAAUAUUAAAAAUCAUAAAAAUA